AUUUCGUUCAUUCUCAUCUCUGGAGGCGUUUUGUUUUGAAAGUCCCAACAGGAAGUCCAUUGUUAGAUCAACUUGAUUACAGAGUAAAAGCCUGUCAUCCAGUCGGACUUCUGCACUUCAACAUCCAGCAAAAGAGACGCUCAGAACUCUGUCAUCAGUAAAAAAAAAAAAAAAAAAAUUUGUAAUAUAGCAAAACUACGUUAGUCUGCGUUUUGCUAUAUCAUUUUAUAAAGGUGCAUCACAUUUUCUUCCGAAAUCUUAACUUCAUGGAUUUGAACAAGUCUGCCAGCGCUCCUCCAGUAGAAUGGAACGACGAGAAGAUGCCGAUGGUUCACAACCUGCUUCCUCCACCUUACCAGGACAUGCCUCACCAGGGACCCUCACCGUCAGGACACCCACCACCACAGGCGUUUGGGUAUCCAGCACAGUAUGCGGGUGCAGGAUACCAUCAGCAACCGGGUUUCAUGAACCAACAGCCCCCAGCUCAGCCUGGCAUUGUCACUGUCCAGCCCACUGUUUACGUGACUCAAGCUCCUCUGGGGAACCCAGUGAGCGAUUACAUGUGCUACUCAAUCUUCACCAUGCUCUGCUGCUGUCUACCACUUGGAAUUGCUGCGCUCAUCUACUCCAUUAAUGCCCGUGAAGCGAACAUUUCUGGGAACCGAGUGAGGGCAGAGAGUAACAGCAGAACAGCCAAGACACUGAACCACGUGGCUCUGGGAAUUGGGCUUGUCUUGAUAAUUGCCUAUAUUGCAGUCAUCAAUUCCUGAGGGUCCUAUUACCAUCAUUAAAUGACAUUGCUUACACCAUGAAGAGGCUUUUCACCUUUUGAUUUUCACCUUUGAUUUUCUUCUAAUUCCACUGCAGCACUGUUGUUUAUUCUAACUGAUAUUGAAAAAGCUUCGAAAGCAUGAGAACUAGGAGCCACUGUGGCAGAAACAGCAUGUUUCCUAAUAUCUUUCUUUGGUUACCUGUAAAGAUGUACUUUAUUGCAUUGUUGCCAUGGGUGUCGGUUAUGCAUUUUUCAGCUUUGUUUCUUUUAAUACCUGUCAUUAAAAUUCUUUUUUAAUUAU